AAUUUCUGUUAGAUGUUCCUACAGUGACCCGUUUGCGUCCUCUAAUGCCUGAAGAAGCCACAGACGACAUCGGUGCUCUCGCUCAGUUCCAGUCUGAGUUUAAUUCUCGAUAUGGACAGGAAGCCCAUGUCACUCCUAGCUUUCUCAUCGACACGCUGGAUGCAGCUAUUCAGGAGGCUUUCGGUGGAUCAGCACGUAACCGUCGACUUCUAGCUGUCUAUCUCCACCAUGAUAAAAGUAUUCAGAGCAAUGUAUUUUGCAGCCAGCUCCUGUGUGCACCAUCUGUCGUGGAAUACAUGGCCAACCAUUGUGUGAUCUGGGCUUGGGAUGUCACUUCUGACUUCAAUAGAAAAAGAAUGCUGGACAUGUGCACUCGAAUGCUGGGGAGUGGGGUGGCGGACACGGUUAAGCGAGUUCCAAAGGAUGGAUUUCCAAUGCUCGUACUUGCUCAAGGUCGUGGAAGGUCAUGUGAUGUCAACAGUAUAAUACAAGGCAACACAUCUCUGGAUGAACUGAUGGUGAAACUCAUCAAAGCAGUGGAGGAUGCGGAGGCUCAGAAGCAGGAAGACAUCAGGAUGGAAGAGUUGAGUGAAGCAAGGGAGAGAAUCAAGAGAGAGCAGGAGGAAGCGUAUGAUGCUUCACUACAGCAGGACAAGGAAAAGCAAAUAAAAUUGGACGCUGAACGAGCUCAGUUGGAAAAACAGAAGCAAGAAGAGGAAAGAAAAGAGCAAGAGAAGAACGAACAGAUUGAGCGUUUAGGAGAGAUUGUGCCUCAAGAACCAUCACCUGAUUGCGAAUUUCCGGUCGCCAAAAUACGCUUCCGUCCACCGGGUGGGGGUGAUAUGGUGACCAGAACAUUUCUGGCGUCCGAGUCUCUGCAAGGACUUCUUAACUUCGUCGGUUCUCUGGGUUAUCUGAACGAUAAAUAUCGAGUUAUCACUUCGUAUCCAAAACGAGAUAUUUCGUCUCUGGACCCAAAAGUCUCUCUGAAAGAUCACAAACUUUUCCCGCAAGAAACUCUGAUUAUUGAAGAGAGAAUUGAAUGAUAGAUUUUAUGCAAGAACUUUACCCGAUGACAAGCAGGCCUGGGGAGCUGGUUUGAAAACAAAAUAACUCCUGGGUCCCAGUGUAUUCAAAUUAGGGUACUCCCGUAAUAUGUGUACCAGCUUAGGGUUAGGCCAUAAUUUUAUUCCGAUAUUCCUUAUUUCAGUUCUAGAAGGAGUUCAGGGACUGUCUGUGUUAGCCAAGUGGAUAUACCCCCUACCCAUAGAUUUCAGUCCCUGUACGCAACUUGAUGGGCUUUUAGGUCUUUUUGUAUGACCAUUACAAUGAACUGUCAAUUAAAUGCAGUCUUGCUGGAGCAGUAUUCAAAACGUUAUGAGGACGUUAUUAUUGUGUUAUUUAUAUUGAUAAACUGGAAAAGAAUGAAUAUUAUUACUAGUAUAAAGUGUUAGAAAAUUUUAAAUAUGAAAAAAAUAAUUAGAUGGGUACGAGCUUGAGCCACUAAAAUUUCUGGUAGCUCUCGCCCUAUCUAGUGGUUAGCUUCGUUCCAGCUCUAACAAAGUUUCAGCUCUCCAGCCCUGCGGUCAAAAAUAAUUUUUCCUUUUAAUAAUUUGGUCGUCUUCAGCAGAGACAAAUUUUUGUAUAUUGUGAUUUGACAAUGCAGAAAGAUCGUUUUAUUGGUUCCUAUUUUCUACACUCGUUAUUAAUUCACAUAUGUGGUCGAGAGUAUUCUUAAGACUCACCAUAUCAAACAUUUCUCUUGACAAAGCUCGCCCAUAAAUUUACUUGAAGAUGACUUUCGUUUACCUUUUGAGUAAGUGCACCCAGGGUUGGCCAAAUUGAAUCGAAUAUAAUUUGGCAUCCUUAGGCAUUGGUUCUCAAGAUUUCAUGAAUCGUUGGCCCAUUCUAAAGACUCUCAAGACUUGAUAUAGUCAUCAUGAAUGGCACCAGGGCCGCUACGUGGCCAUUUGAGAGGCUGAGGCAAAGUUCGAGAAACCCAGUCCUAAAACUUUAUGUUGUGUCCAAACAAUCUGCGUUAUGCACAACACAAUUAUCUUCAAUGUCUCUCAUAAUUCCAGUAGUUUCCUAUAAUUUUACUCAAGAGAUGAGUCUCAUUUACUUUUUGAGUAAAUGCGUGUUAGGUAGCUCUAUUCGGUGUCAGUGUCCCACCUAAUUCCAGUAGUUUCCCAUAAUUUCACUCAGAGAUGAAUCUUUUUCAAUCUCCCCAGUUUGGCAUCGCCCCAUUCAUUUUCAUGUUAAUGCCUAGUUUUGCUGCUAACAGAUUUUUGUAAUGCUGUUGAUAGUACUUUGUCAGGUUUGAGCUUUUUAUAUAGAACCUAAUUGCGUUGUGGGUACUGGGAAUUUUGUAGUGAGAAACGAUUUUAAAGCAGUUUCAUUUCAAUAUUUUUCUGAGUUCCAUUCUUCCUGACAUGCUUAGAAUAAUUUGGCAUCCUAGGGCAGUGGUUCUCCAAAUUUCAUAAAUUGUGGCCCCUUUCCAAAGACUUAAGAAUAAAACGAGAAUAUUGUUCGAAAGUUAGGGGAUCCCCCAAAACAGCCUUCGUACUCCAUAGUGACACCUUGU